AUGAUGAAUCUUGCUCGAGAGAUAGCUCUCGAUAUUCGUUCUAAGCUGAAAGAAUUAGAUUAUACGAUGACUGGCAAGUAUAGUAGGCGGCUGACUCAUCUAUCUAGUGUCUUCGAACGGUUCAUCGGUAACUUUCUUAUCACUGGCUGUCGGUAUUGUCAAUUACAACGUGGAUCUCGAGAACCACUGGAUGAUGUUCUUACCAGUAUGAAAAAUGACGACAUUGAUAAAGAUCUGCCUCGAAAUGAGGUUGAUCUACUAAAAUUACUUGAAACCUAUGAAAAUCAAAUGAAAAGUCAUAGUGAAGCAUUUCUCUAUCAGAACAUACAUCUGGCAUUUGAAUUCAACUCUAAUUCAUUCGGUCUAUUCGAUCAACUUGAUCGUUCAAUAAAAGUGUUAAUACAAUUAAUUUUACCUUCUGCUUAUCUUCUAAAACGAACUUGGAUAACUGUUGAUACACUUAUUACUCAACUUCCAUCAUUUAUUCUUCAACAUGAACACGAAAUUCUCAACAAAAUUUGUAAUCAGUUUCUACAAUUAACAGAAGAAAGGUGUGGAAUACAACAUGAAAAAUUAUCGAUAAAAGAAUGGAUCGAUUCGAAAUUACUUGAGUUCACAUGGAAAUAUUUUCAAGAAGCAGACAUUAUUUUCAUUAAAACGCGACCAAAUAUGAAAGUUUUUUUCGAAAGUCUUUGGAAACGAUGGCAUUCGACUAUGAAAGCAAUUUUAAAAGGUCUCAUCGAAACUCAAAAAAUUAUAUUGAAUAAUCGAUUAGAAGCGAACAAUCGAAAACAAAAAUCAUUUACUGAAGUAUUAUCUGCGAAUGAAACAGAGCACAAAAUCGUCUUAGCAGAUAUUGAACGUGUACUAACGUCUACUGGAACCUCUCAUUUCGAAAUGUUGGUUUCCCGUGCUGAAACACUGAUCAGAGAAACAAAAUGUGUCGCAUUAUCGGAAAAUGAGUUGAAUUCUCCUCAAACCAUACUGACUUAUUUUCAAAAACUUCCUCUAGCAAAAAAUCUAAGAAUAUCGAUACCAUCAUUUUCAUCACGUAUAUUGGUUCAAUUACCGACAAAUAUGAAGUACGUGUCAGACGAAGACAGCAGUAUUGAUGAUGACAUACGAUAUGUUUGGAACCAGUCGAUGACAAGAAUUUAUACAACGAGCUGCACAAUUAUGGUUGAUAUGAUAGAUAGAUUCAAUAAUUUCAUCGACCAACUACGUUUGACCAAAAGCCAACUUCUUUUAUGCUAUGCAUGGUUGAAUCAACUGUCCGAGAAUGAUUUAUCAGCUGAUGAUCAAAGACACAAUUCGAUAUUGAUUAAGGAAUGCCAAGAAAUUUCCAAAUUAGCACGCAUGAAUACUGAUGCAAGUCGAAACACAUUCGAGAAGCAUCACGUGAAUAUGAUUGAAGCGCAACGGUUACUAAAAACUGUGAUACGUAAAUCGAGCCAUUGGUUGGAAGUAAAUCGUCUUUCUGGCAUUAAGUUCACGUCGGUAGAAGAAGAUUUACUUAAAUCUUUCUCCAAUUCUGAAUUGGCUCGUGACGCUCAUGUUUGGUUGACUGAUGCUGAAGGAUCAACACCAACUGCAAUACGAUUAUCAUGCCAUCCUGAUCCUGUGUUGGUCGAUUUUGGUGUUGCAUUGUGUGGUAUUCAUCAACGAUUGGUUCAACGAGUUUUUCUCCAUAAUGAAUCUGCUUAUAAAUUGAAAGUUCAUUUGGAUCGGACAAUCAACGAUGAGUCUAGUUUUGAUUUUUCAACUGAACUUAUAACAGUCUCAUCGAGAGAUUUGUGUGAAUUAGAAGUAUUUUUCAAACCUUCAACUGAGCCUGGGAUGUUUGAAGAAAAAUGGAACCUUAUAGUCGAAGGUGUUCGACCGUUUUCAGAUGUUUUUCAUGUUCACGCACAAAUCACUAGAGCAAAUGUUGAAUUAUCGAGUGAAACCGUUGAUUUCGGAUUUGUGCCGUGUUCUGGAUUUGAUUUGGACACAAUUGUCAGUAUUAAAAAUGUUUCCUCACGUCCGGUUCGCAUCAAAGCACGAGUACAGAAUGCAUCCGAUGGUAGUGUUCAAUCUAAUGUAGCCAUUGUCAAAAAAGAUUUCACUUUGGAUAGCGAUGCAACGGAGUCAUUUGAAAUAUCUCUCAAGUCCUCAACAGUCAUCAGAGACAUCGAAGCGUUGAUUUGCUUGGCUGUUCAAUCUCCGAAAAAUUGUAAAUGGAUAACAGUUCAUGCAAAGUUUCGUGAAACAAAUCUGAUAAUUCGUUGUCAAGGGCGUAAAGUUCUUCACAACGCUCGUUCAGGAUCUUUUACUAUCGAUGAUUUUUAUCCAGGUGAAGAACGUGAAAUUCUCGUUGAAUUUCAGAAUAAUGGUGAACUCGAAUACACUAUUCGAACAUAUUGGUCGCAUACCAAUCAUAUUUUCGAUCGAAUUCAUUUAAAAACAGGAGAAACUGCUGGCUUCCGACAAAAGUUAAAAGUCAAUACCAAAAAUACGUUUGAAAACUUCUUACAUAAUGUCGAGUUUAUUGGCAUAAAUCAGUCAUGUCGAUGGACUCUUCACUGUAAUACUUCACAACCUAAAUUAGAAUAUAGAAACUUGACUGGUACUCAAGAAGAAAUGAUCAAAAUCACUUCAUCGAAUCAAAUGAAUACAACUUGGAGAAAUAAUCUUGAUUUCGAGAAAGAAAUAUUGUUUAAAAAUGUUGGCAUAUCACUGAUUACUCUUUCUUUCCAUCGGAUUGUUUCACCUUCUAUUCCUAAGCAACCAUUGAAAGCAAAUUUUCGUAUGGAACCAAAUGAUCUGAUUAUUCCAACAGGGGCAGAGAAAAUCGCAAAAUUUAUUUAUCAUGCUGUUGACUUUAGUAAAUUUGAAGGAAACAUAGAACUUCGUUCAAAUUCAAAGAAUAUCCCGUCGAGUUUUCCGUUUCGAAUAGGAUUUUCUAGACCUUUCAUAAAAGUGAUCCCAUACACGCUAAUCAACCUUCGUAAAAUUGACAAACAGCUCAUAGCCAAGGAAAACAUACUGGUAUUCAAAAACAUUGGUGAAGAAUCUGCUCGUGUACAUAUGAAGGAUCAGAUUUCGAAGUCAUCCAUCGUUAAGAAAGUUGUUUGGAAAGAUGCGGCAGGUAAAGCUCCAGUCGGUGACACUCACAUUAUUACGGUUCGUCAAGAGAAAAAGCUCAGCUUAUCUAUUGAGUGUGAUCCAAUACCGAAUUCGAAUGAUUCUAAUUUAAUCGAAUUAGUCGAGUUUGAAUUUAUUAGUCACAACGACCCGGUUACUGAUCUCAAUGGUAAAUUAGCAGAUCGUUCUUUAACUGUGUUAGUUAUUGCAAAUUUAUCUACACCAUCAAAUUAUACAGCGCCUAGUGAUGCUCCUACACGAAGUUGGGAGUCAAUCAAAUUCCUAUCGACAGACUGGAUCGAGCAUAUCCUCAAAGCUUCCGAUGUAACUUAUGAAAACCUUGGUCCAUUAAUCAUUCUUACAGCGAUAGCGUAUGUGUGUGGUCUCGAAGUUAAUCGUGAUCAAUUGCCAAAAAGUAUUGAGGAUUGGUCAAACUUUUGUGAAACACAAAAACUACCUUUUAAAGAUUUUGAGAAUGUCGUCGACGAACAAGUAUUAAAGAAGUUUCAAGGGAUAUGUAAAAACCAAUCCUACUUUUAUCAUUCGAGUUUAUUCUAUCGUUCAUUCACAUCUAUGAAUACACUACGAUUACAACUGUAUUCAGUGAUCAAUUCUGCAAAUACACCUGAUGAAGCUUACGCUAUGCAAAGUUACGUAUCGAUAUUUUGGCAACAAUAUGAGAAAGCUAGUCAAGAUAGUAUCAUUCAACACGCUACAGAAUUUCUCUAUCGAUGUGUUGGACAGGAUGAAUCGAUGAGUGAAAGAGUACGUGCAUUCAGUGAAUUUAUCUGCAAAGCUAUGAAAGAUUCGAAUACACUCAAUGCCACGCAAGAACUUGAUAAGUUACUACCGAAAAAUCAUGAUUUAACUUCUAUAUUCGAAAUGAUUUCUGAUCCAAGCAGCUUACGAAAUAAUAUUCUAUUUCAAGUAUUUUCUCAGAAAACUCGAGUAAUACUGACGAAUUUAGUGAAACAUGAUUAUACAGCAUUGACAAAUUUAUUUUGGAUCAUAGCGUCAAAAUCAGGAUCAGUUUCUAUUGAGAGUGCACUUUUUCAAGCAGUUUUAACAGCAUCUACGCGCUGGGACACAAUCGACGAACAUGAUAAACGACAGAUAUUAACUCCACUACUCUCUCAUCAACCGGCAUUCGUCGAUUGUUUAAUAGACAUCUCAAAUCAAAAACCAGCUACCCUGACGCAACUUCUGAAUUUUUCUCAAUCGAUUCUAUCGACAAUUGAUCCUUCGAAAUCAUUCGAAUUCAUCGCAUCAGCCUUUCACCAGCAUCAUGCUUGCUCUAUUUCCCAACACUUAGAUAAGAUAGGCAACUUCGAUUAUAAUUUCACGCAACAAGUAGCCGCAGACAUCUUAAACUUUCAACGAAAACUGAAAAACAAAUAUAUAAAUUUUAGGACAGAUUAUGUAUACUUAAUUGAUGAAAAUUACAGUUUUCAAUAUUGUGAUAUUCUUCGUCGAUUGAUUUAUAUGAACACAGACCAAUGGGAUCGGUUUGAAUCCGUUAUUCACACUAUGUGGGACGUUUUCCAUUUGGCGACAGAAGCCAAUACACAAUUAUCUAUAAUAAUGUAUCAAGUUCUUCGACUCGCAUCCUUCUUUAAUGAAAAUCCAAUGAAUUGGAAUGAAAUACGUCAUAGGUACACACAAGUCACAAUGCGAUGGGACUGGUCAACAACAGUAGAAUUUUUGAAAACGAUUAGUUUUCAGCCGAAGCUCAUCGAAUUAAUCGAAUCGAUGUCUACUACUGCCAUGAACGAGAGUCUUAUAGAUGUUGCUAUUGAGAUUGGUUCUAUUAUCGAAGCAAAUGAAGAAAAUUCUUUGUUCCAUCAACAUGCAGAAUGUUUUGAUAAAUUACCAUCUGUUAUUUCUUCGUUGAAUGAUCUAACACCGAUUCUGACUCUUUUUCCACAAAAGAUACAAGAUCAGAUCAACUCAUACGUUAAACUCUCACAGUUGCCCAACUACACAUCACUUACAUCUGAUGAAUGUCGGUUACUGAUCGAUGCCAUUGUAUCUUCAUGGUUAAGCGUAUUUAGUGUAAAUAAUAAUGACUUAUUGAAGGUAUUCGAUAUACUGUCUAUCAUGCUCAGCUCAUUCCACGGCCUUGUUGCUACACGUUGUCAUCCAUUGGGUCAGGCAUUGUACACGACAAAUAUGGCAGCUGCACUAUCUGGUCUAGCUUUCCAUCGUCAAUGUGGUGGAGAAAGAUCGGUAGAUGAUCAAGUGGAAAGUUCACGAAUGCUCCAUCCGUUGUUAACAACAAUAAUUCACCAACGACCUCAGAAUGCUUCAAUCAAUUUGAAUUUUUCAAAUGUACAACCGUUGAAUGUAGGGCAUCAAGUAUCUUCCAACGAAAAAGAUUCAUCAAGCAUGGAUAAUAAUGAUGAGAAAUCUAAAGAUCAGUCAACAAAGGAGACGGUGAAUCCAUAUCCUGACAACACUCUUCGACAAAUGGAAAGUUCAGUGCAAUAUUUCAUAACUAACGCUUCGAUCAUAUCUGUUAAUUUGACGGAAUCUGACACGAUUCGUCAAAUCAUCGAUACUUUAUUUCAGAAUCAUUCACAAGUGAAACAAUGGUAUGGUGCAUUUACUACAUUCAACGUACUUGUACGAUACCCAACAGGAAAUAGUGGUUCGAAUCAAGUCCAAACCGCUAAAACAAUCAUCCAUAGUGGCUUAAAAUUACUUCAAAACUUGUCAAUCGUUAAAAAAAUAAUCGAACCAACCUUUGGUCCAACUCUUGUUUGUCGAGAAGAUAUCACGCGAUUAGACAAAGCUUUUCGUUCUCUGGAACUUGUGGACUAUCCCAAUUUAUUGAGUGUCUUGGAAAGACUACAAGUAUACAUUAAUCGUCCUACUGAUGAUUUCCGAUUACCUUCAGUAUCUGCAAUGCCAAAAGGUUUCGUGAGUGAUAAAACGCGACUUAAUUUACUACAGCAGCUUGGCAUUCAACAAGAAACAGCCGGCUCAACACACUCGAGUGAACCAACGAUUGUCCAAAACAGUGAAUCAUUACCAACACAAGAAGAUUGGAAAAUAGCUAUCCAAAAAACAGACAUAAAUCAAAAGUUAGAAGAUGGUUUGAAAUUAACUACAAAGAAACCGAGAAAACCAGAGGAAGGUUCAUCGAAAACGAAAUCAGAUCUUCAACAUCAUAUUCACAAUGUGACACAAGAUAUGUUUACUACAACACUACCAUUCUUCAGUAACGUAUCAACAAACGGUGUGGAUAACAACAGUAGAAGUUCGGCAACAGAUGAAUCAACUUCAAAUAUCGAUCUGACGAAGCAGUUGAAGAUUUUCAAAGAACAUUUACAUCAACAAGCGAAUUUGAUUGCAAUGUAUGAUCAAAUGUCUAGCAGUGAUAGAUCGAAUUCAUCUGAAGUGAAACUUGACAAUCGAUCGGCAUUGAAAACAAAGAAGAAAUCUGGACAAUGGACCUAUCAACAACUUGUAGAGUUUCCUCCUAUUGCACGCAUGAUAGAUAUUUUUGUCGAUAAUUUUCGUUCAAACUGGAACACAUUGGCUAGUAACAUCGGUCCUACGCGUCAGCACAGAAUCGAUUGGUGCAUUAUGAUUGAUAAUUCAGGUUCGAUGAAUGCACAUCGAAAUGCUAUCUAUGAAAUAUUGGUCGUACUGAUGGAAUCAUUUCGAAAACUAGAAAAUAAAUUUGCUGUAGCACGUUUUGGUGGUAGAAAAAAACAAAAAAUGUUGAAAAACUUACACGAUAUAUUCAGUGUUCAAGAUGGUGAAUACGUUUUAGAAGCGUUGACAUUUGAUGAAGGUACUUACCCAGCCGCAGGUCUGGAUAAUGUUGCUCGAACUGUUUUUCCAGUUAAUGAAAUAAAAUCAUCCGACAAUGUUGACAUUCAUCGAUUCGUUCUGAUGAUCACUGACGGGCUUACUGGAGAAAAAAGUGAUGCCAGUUACAAGAAAACAAUUAAUACGCACAAGAUCAAUCUUGGCUUUGUUUUCAUCGAAACCAGUCAGUUAAAUACAAGUCAAGUAUUUUUACGUGGAUUCAAAGAAGCAUUGAACUGUAUUGUCAAGGCAGACGAUAUUAAUCAACUAUCAAACGCAGUACCAAAACUGAUUGAGAAAAUGGUCAAACAUUGUUUAGAACAACAACCACAAAGUUCAACAGUGAUCGAUUGGCCGAGAAUCAAAUGUAAAAUACCCAGUUCGAAUGAAACAUCAGCUGGGCACUUAUCUAAUGAUUCUAAGCUUAAAUACGAUGCUGAAAAUCCUAGUUCUUAUGUAAUCAGUGAUCCAGGAUCUUCAAUACCUCAACUGUCCAGGGUACAAUUGCAAUUAACGAAUUAUUUGACGCGAUCGAAUCAUGAUUCACAUGGUGUACAUGAGGCUUUGGAUGAUCUUCGUAAAUAUUAUCAAAACUUGAAAACAAAUCCGAUAAUGCAAGAUCUAGAGAAAAAAUGGAUUGCACACGAACAUGAGUUAUCGACUUUGAUUGAUGAUGUUUCGAGUGUUCUUGGAGAUGUUGUCUUUCCUUACAAUAAGUUUACACGACGAAAAGGAGCUCUUCGAGGUUCAGCUAUUUAUCUACCAGGUGUUAUCAAAGCCAUGACAACCGAAUGGAGCUAUAAAAAGAUUUUCAGUGCUAAGUUAGCCGGUGGAAAACGUGAUCAUGCCAUUUGUUUUGUCUUGGAUGUUUCGAUAUCCAUGUUUGGUUCAUUGAGUAUUGGUCUUUUGAAAACAAUCGUUGUCAUGAUGGCUGCACUAAGAAAACUGGAUUUGAACAAUGUCAGUAUCAUUGUUUUCGGUAGUGAAAUCCGUUUGAUCAAAGCCAAUGAUUACAGUUGGGACAUGAAGAGUAUUUACACACUUAUGCAAGAGCUUCGAUUCGAUCUUGACAAUGAUACGAAGGAUGCCGAUGCUCUUGAAGUUGCGAUUGAUCUACUCGAUCAAGCAAACACAAGAGGUGAAAAGAAAAUUUUUAUUAUUACCGAUGGUUACAGUAAUUGCGGACAUCGAUUAGCACUCGUUCAACAACGUGCCGAUGAUCAUGGUAUUGAUUUGGUAGCGAUGGCAAUCGGUAUCGAUCAAGCAAAUCUUAAACAAUUCUACAAAAGAUAUCUUCAAUGUGCAACCGUUUUUGGUUUGCCAAAAGCAUUGAGAUCAUUGUUUGAAAACGAAAAUCAAGUGAUCGGAACCAGUUGGACUCCACAAAAACUGUACGAUGAAGAAGCCGCAAAGAUUGAAAACAAAGAAAAACUUCUACAGUCGAUUGAAACAGAGAAAGCCUUCGCUGAAAUGGUUGAAGAAUUGGCAACUCAACGUCAAACGAUGAUAUCUCAAAAUGGAUCACCGUUAUCAAGUAUUGCUAUUGACAUUUGUUUCUGUCUCGAUUGUACGGGUAGUAUGUCACGAUGGUUAGAAGCAGCUAAACAGCAAAUGUCUCAAAUAAUCAAAGGAAUCAGCGAAGGUGUCAAAGAAAAAUAUCCUUCGAUCGAAUUGAAACUUUCCUUUGCAAUCGUCAGCUAUCGUGAUGUCAACGAUGGGGAUCGGUUUAAUCAUCUCGAUUUCACAGACAACAAAGAUAAAGUCAUUCAAUUUAUCAAUCAAUUAAAAGCACAUGGCGGUGAUGAUUUACCUGAAGAUGUUCUGGGUGCCCUAGAUAAAUGUUUGAACAUGAAAUGGCGUCAAACCGAUGCUCGUUUCAUCAUUCUCAUCACUGAUGCACCUGGUCAUGGACCUGAACUCAAUAACGAUCUUAACAACGAUAAUUUCAAGACAGUAAGUCAAUCACACAGACACACAUUGAAGAGUAUUUGUGAUCGACUUCUUGAUCAAGAAAGAGGAGUUGAUUUGAUGCUUUGUCGCAUUAAAAAGAAUGAAACUGAGAAAAUGGAACAGGCAUUUGCUUCUGCUUACGGAGCCAAGCAAGGCGAAACCGAUCGAUCUUUUCGAGCUAUCGAUUUAUUUGAUAGUCCACAAAUCGAGUCGCAGUCUAUUCAUUUUGUUUUCGUUCUUGACGAAUCUGGAUCGAUGGGUUCUCACUGGGGAUCAUUACAACAAGCGUAUCAAGGUUUUCUUAAUCGUCGUAAGAAUGAUCAAGCUGGAGAUGAUUUUAUCUCAAUUGUUCAAUUCGCUAGUAGUGCACGUAUCACUCGUGAACAUAAAACUGUUCUCAGUAAUCCAGCGCUUGAACAGAUGAAAGGAGGAGGCACGAACUACAGUGCCGGUUUGACGCAAGCAGAACAAUUAAUACAACACGAUGGAAGCAAAUCUUUGAUAACGAUCAUAUUUAUGUCUGACGGCGAAGACGGUGGUGACGGUAAUCCACCACAAAUGAUAACUGAAAUGAAAAGAAAGUUCAAAGACAAACACAAUAUCAUUUGUCAUACAGUUGGUUUUGGUUCAGGCAUACAACCUGGAACGAGAUCAGCAACGUUGCUCCAACAGAUGGCAACGAACGGUGAAGGUAAAAGUUAUUCAGCUAACACAGCGAUCGAUCUUCAAGAAGUCUUCGGAAAAAUUGCUGCGAAUAGUACAACAAGUGAUGAACUCAUCGAGCGAUUCUCCGAGAUUCUUGCUAAGAACAUUAGUAUGAAAAUAACUGAUGAUUAUUUUUAA